AUUCCUAUAAGCUAAAGACCAUUUGAGAGUACAUCACUAUCAGCAUGGCCGCCCGUAAACAGAGUCAUAAGGUGAAAAAUUUACUGGAUGAGAAAGUGUAUGUGGACACGCUUCACCUGAAAGCAAUGGGGGUAAAUAAAAAUGAACAUUUAAUGUAACCGGCUUUCUCUCAUAAUAAUAUUUUCCUAAAGAAUACUGGGGCUAAUGACGCUUGGUUACCUAAUUUAAGGAAGCCAUAAAGUAUGGUGUCCAGAUGGGAAUCACGCCCCCCCCCCCGUGCAAAACCCCCCCUAAUCUUCAAACUUGUGAUGCCAAAAAAAUUGAUUUCCCCGAGUGUGUUUCGGAUAAAAAGAGGCGUCUGGGCUUUUUUUAUAUUUUUUUUUUUUUUUUUUGUGUGACUGUCGGCUGUGUGUAUAAUGGCGUGUACCAAACAGAAUGCAGUUACGGCUUUGUUUUCUGAACGGAACUGACGUCUUUGUAGUUAAGGAUUUGCGUAAGACUAUUAAGAAAGAGGAAAUCGUACUAGGUUUUAUUUUCACUCUAAGUAAUGAGACGAGCAAUUAUUCUUUCCAAAAAUUGACAUUAUAAGUAAGUUCUUUGUAUUCUAGAUUUUGUUUUACAGAAAUAAAGGGUGUAAUAAAUCUGCGUUUUAAAAGCGGCAGUGACAUUAGAACAGUGGUUCUUAACCUGGGUUCGAUCAAACCCCAGGGGUUCGGAGAGUCAGUCUGAGGGGUUCGGCGGAGGUCCAAAAACAAUCAGGGGAAAAAAUUCAUAUUUUAUUUUUUCCUGAUAAGAAGGGUUCGGUGAAUGCGCAUAUGAAACUGGUGUGGUUCGGUACCUCCAAAAAAAGGUUAAGAACCACUGCAUUAGAGCAUUAAGCGGUGUGGGAAGAAAAAAAAAAGAAGGGGGGGGCAGACAAUAAUUGGGAUUCGUAUAAAGUUUGAAUUAAAUGCAUAUUUUGUCAAAUUUAGAUCAGUCCCCCCGUUACUCGAUAUUACAUUAUAGGCUAUAAAGGAUUUUUAUGAAAAACUUUGUUUCUAGGGUUUGUUGAAUUAUUUUAUCGAAAUGUAAGAAACGCAACUAUUUGUAAUAGUUUACUUCUUAACGUCGAAAAUCACAAGUUAGGCCCUAUAUGCAAUCAGUGUUUCUUUCAGAAAUUUUCCCCCGAGGGGUCACUUCAGAUUUUCGGGAGGGGGGGCACUUCAGAUUUUUCGGGGGGGGGGCACUUCUAAGCCGAAAAAGGUUUGUGAAAAUUUACUGGAACACACUCUUUCCUUAAGGGCAAAGAACAAAUACAUUAGUGUACACUAUAUAGCAUACUGCAUUUUAUUGACCAAAACCGUAAGUUGUGUUCAUCAGGAAUCGCAAGUGAAAUAGUUGUGAACAAUUAAGUAGGAAAUUCUCAGAAGUGUUUUGUGAGGAAUGUAUGAAUACUUUCUGAGUCUGAGAUUGAACUUGUCACUUGUUCAAUGUUCAUGGAAGGGGGAAAAAAAUGAGUUACUGACAACUAACAACUGACAUGCUGUUUAAAAAAUAAAUUGCCACAGUCGACGUAUGUCAGAAAUUAUAUCAAGCACCAACAGGUGAAUUGUGAUCAUUAAUUUCAUAAUCAUUAUACAAUCAUAUUUCGGACAUCACCCUAUUGACGAUUGAAUCAGGCCUUACCAGGGGGAGACCGUAGCGCAGCCUGCGGUCGUUAUAUAUUAUAUAGCGUGGGCCGAAUGGCUAAUCUAAUGUACUCGGACAAACGAGUCGUAUCACUCGUAAGAACGUUAAGAAUCUGGACAAAAUAGCAUCAAGAACAGUGGUUCUCAACCUUCCUGAUUGAUGCCGCGACCCUUUAAACUCAGUUCCUCAUUUUCUGGCGACCCCCCAACCACCAAAUUUUUUCGUUGCUACUUCGCAACUUUAGAGUAUAAGUGUUUUCCGGUGGUUUUAGGCGACCCCUGUGAAAGGGUCGUUCGACCCCCAAAGGGGUCGCGACCCACGGGUUGAGAACCGCUGAUCAAAGGCAUGGCCUCGAAGCUUCCGCUUUCACCUUAGGCCCUGUCUUCCGUAAAUGUCCAUGCUGCACGAAAUAGCCACCAGUAGGUGUGAGACUAAAAAGAAGGUCGACUAACCGUAUGUGUUAUAAUGGGGACAAAGUAUGCAUUGGAAUCAGAAUGGAUCGGGGGGGGGGGGGGAGUGCAGUUUGUGGGAAAAGGGGGGAAAAGUAUGAAUUGGAAUCGAAAGGGAUGGGGGGGGGGGGGGAGUUCAGUUUGUCGGAAAAAGCCAGAGGCCGGGACAUUUCCUGAUCUUUCGGGGACGCCGGGACGGGUGGUGCGAAAAUCGGGACUGUCACGGGUGAACCGGGACGGCUGGUGAGUUACUUUUUGUAAAUAUUUUCCAGCACCUGCCGUGAGGUAAAUUAUCUUCCUGCCAUUUUUGUCACCACAGGCCUGCCUGAGUCAACGAAAAGUAAAUUUUAACACUCCUAUCUUAAGCAAGUUUCUCUAACAUUCCCGAUUUCAUAUUUAUUGACGGGUCAGUCAGUUACUAUAAUUUAGAACAUUAUGGAAUGUUGUCAACUGAAGGAAUUCAUUUGGAGAGUUAUAGCGAACUAUUGCAUGUAUUUAGCAUAGAGGGAAACAACAAUCAGUUAAGUGUGUACAGUGUUCCAGAUAAUCCAUUAUAAAAAUCAAAAUGGAAACCUAUAUUUUGGGCGUGACCUUCAUGCUUUUGUAAUAUAAAACGGAUUCCACCCACUUUAUAAUCUCUACAUUGACAUGUUCAUGCAACUUGACAAGCUCUUCUGGCAUAAGACUUUACAUGGCCUAUUGGCAUACAACUUAACAGUCUAUUGACACACAACGUCGCAUGCUCUAUUGACAUAUAACUUCACAUGCUCUAUUGACAUAUAACCUCACAUCAUCCAUUGAAAUACAACUUCACAUGCUCUGCUAAUGCACAACAUGACAUUCUCUAUGGACAUUAUUUGACAUACAACUACAAAUGCGCUAUUGACGUACAACUUGACAUGGUCUAUUGACAUACAGCUUCACAUAUUCUAUUGAUAAUUUUUCAGGGCGUUGCCUGCAGCUCUGAAACAUGUAUGGGCUCUCUUAUGUCACAACAAGCCCAUCGACCGUCUGGCAGUACCCUUCGGACAAAAGAAGAAAUUCUAGAUCACGCCAGUGAUUUUUUUGAUCAAUACUACACGUCUAUGAAAAAGUAUUUUUUCCCUUUGUCAUUGAAGUUGUAAUAUUAAUUUAUAUAAAAAAAAAUCGUUAUUGCUCUUCAAAUUUCCAUUAUUUGACAACCCUUUCAAUCAUUAUUUUUUAGCAAUAAUUUACUAGACUUUGCUGACAGUCCCAAUCGUUCCUUGUUACAUGUCUACACUCUUCUUUGCGCUACUAUGACUUUAAUGAUUCUAGAGCACAAAUUAAAACAAAUAUUUUUAUAUAGUGAGUCAUCGUACCAAAGAUGAUGAUGCAUCUUUGGAGUCAUGUUGUGAUGCACACCAAAAAAAAACAACAAAUUUUGGAAAAAGAUUUUUAAGCCAUGAUCUUUAGUUGAAUUCUUCUAAUACAGUAGCAUUUUCGGAUGUUCCUCAUUCAGAAACAACACACUAGCCCAUAUUAAGAGGAUGUCAGAAGUUAAAGAGUCUGUGCUUGCAUGUGGGACAUAUGAACUGACCAAUGCUGAAUUGACAUAUGGAGCCA